ACGAUGUAUGGAAAGCAUGGGGAAUUCUUUCGUUGUCGAAACUCUUUCGAACGAGAAAGUUUUCUUCCGAAUAGAAUUUCGAGGAGGAAAGUUUUGCAAACGAUCGCGGAACGAUUCGGUCGAAAAUAAAAGUUUCAGCUUGUAAGGCAGCCGCCCGGCGGCGCUUCCUUCUCGACGCGUUCUCGAUUUAAUUUUAGCACUUACGGACUCAGUCCACUCGCGAGUUCCAUCGAGAUUCAAGCGAAGCUAGCUACGCGUGCACGCGAGAUUUUUACUGCGUCUAUGCUUUUGAUGUUUCCGGGUGACGAGUCGAAGGGAAAAAAAGUAUCAACGCAAUCCAAAUUUUUUCCUUACUUUUCCAAGUGUUUUUCUCGAGUUAUUCUCGAGUGUUCGUGAACGAAAAUUUAGGUAAAAACAGUGAUGAACGUGAUUAGAUAUAAAUUCAUACAAAAUACUUCGUGUUUUUGCGGUCUAAAAUUGGGUGAACGUGUUUCUUUACGCUGUUCGUUAAAAAAAUUUCUAUUCUUAAAAACUUCUCUUUGCGCGAAAGAUUAUUAUGCGCGUUUAACGGCGUAAUUCGUAUAAUUUCUAUCUGCGUUUUAUUGGUGAAGCUACGCCGAAAAGCCGUGGUCGAGUAGAAGCGUGGUCCAAGAAUAUCCUCGUUGCUCGAGGCACGCAAGGGCAGCCAAAAGUUCAACAUCCUCGACGAAAGCAACGUUUGCUUUUCCCCUAAGUACCUCUAAUCACUCUGCAAACGUUAAACACGAAAUUCAUGCGCACAAGUUAGACCAUUGCAGCAUUAUUUCCGUGCGGAAAAAUAUCGAGAUUUACAUGGGCCGCGCGUAUCAUCACGUUGAAACCGGAUCUUAUUAUCCGAGGAAGAGGAGAAUGUUUGGAAGAAAGUGGAGGGAAUCGCGAGUUCCGGUGUGAAGUUUACCAACACCAGAAUCGUUCUAUUUGGAGCGAAAAUAGAGCGCUUUUCGGCUGUCUCCUUCCCUCUCGUCGCGUACGUGCGUUCACCCUCGUUCGACCUAAGAAUAUCUCGUUGGAGGACGGCGCAGCAUGGAGCGAGCCUUUUCUUGCUCUGUAAUCGGCGUCAAGCGGUGAGAUGUAGCCGACCAAACUGCCGCUGUGUUUCCACUCCUGUCAAAUAUACUUAAAGGAGACCGCGACUCAAAGGGAAAGUCAUCUCGAACUCUGGUCAUUUUAUUCGUUCCACCAGUGUUCCAUGUAAUCUCUCUCGCUGGUGAAACUCGUGGUGAAAUUUUCGUGAAAUUUCCCGCCAAGUGUCGAAUGGAAAAAUUCUCAACUUCGAAUUCGAAUCUUAAAUGUUAAAGAAGAACGUAUUUCGUUAAAUAUUCUUUAUCAUUUAAUAAACGACAGAAAUGCGUACACGUGGUGGCGAAAAAACUCGGAUUUUGCCACGUUUGUAAAUCGUCUCUAUUCGAUUAACAUCGAAGAACAAAAGCGAAAGAAGUGGAAAGAUAGAAGAUCGAGCAUCGAAGGCUGGCGAAGUUUCUCGAAGGAACUUCCUUCCCCCUCGCAUCCGGUGGCCCGAGCGGAAGAAGCGGGAACGUUGAAAAAUUAUUUUUACCCCGGCAACCGGUUUCGAGGCGUGCGUGACUCGGUCCAAAAGCGGUCGAGUCCGAAGAUGGGCCAGUGAAAAUUCAUCGCUCCCCUUUCCGGCUGUCCAACGAUCGAACAAAUGUCGAGGAUGCUGCGACUGGAGCUUGUGGGACUCGUGUUGCUGGCCUGCACCCAGAUACUCACGGAGCAUCGAAAUAUUUACGAAACAAGAUCGCUGUACGGUUAUCGGUCCAAGUUUCUCGACCCGCCAGAACGGUUUACCAGGGAGGUGCGAGUGAAACAGGGCCGUUUACGAGGAAUCGUUGUGCAGCCGAGGACCAAUCACGAUCUACAGCCCGUCGAUGUUUUUCUGGGAGUACCAUACGCGGAACCUCCGGUCAAUUUCUUGAGAUUCUCGCCACCGAGGUCGCCGGAGCCGUGGCGUGGCACGAGGGAGUCGCAGGAAUUCGCACCCGUUUGCCCCCAAGUGGUGCCGAAAUUGCAGGACGAGAUGAAGCCGGUCAGAUACGAGUAUCUGGAGAGGCUACUGCCUUACCUGAAGAACCAGAGCGAGGACUGCCUCUAUCUUAACAUCUACGCGCCCCAUCAACCCGAAGGUAAGCGGACUAAGAUUAAUUGUUUCGAAGAUCGGUGACAGUUCGAGAUCGAGUUUCCGCUCGAUGGUUGGGGAGAAGCAUCCACUGGGUUCAACGACGACUCGUUCUAUCGAUCAACCCUGUUAAUGCAGUUUGUUACGAUCGCUUGGAAAAUAGACGGGAGUAUCUCGACGUUGAAAAUAAAUACG